CUUCGAUAGGAGAUCCGUGUCAUUGCCAGUAAGGAUAAUAAUCGUCCACAUCAACACACACUACUGUAUAAUAGUACCAUGUACAAUGACAUCCUUCGACGUUGUCUGAUGGAUUACCUAAUCCCUACUAACCCGAUCAGGCAAGAUGGCAUUCCAGCCGGAAAUAACCAGAAAAGAACAAGAAUGACUCAAUACUUGGGAAUCACCAGAAACCUCAGCCAUGACCACUCUCACAGUCGGGGUUCUCGCCCUGCAAGGCGCCUUCUACGAGCACAUCCAGCUCCUGAAAAAGGCAUCCGCCGCCAAAGCGCAAGCAGACAAAACCCCAUCUGCCCCUGCCGCGCAAUGGGAAUUCAUCGAGGUGCGAACCCCGCAGGAACUAGAAAGAUGCGAUGGCCUUAUCCUGCCCGGAGGUGAAAGCACGACCAUUUCACUAGUUGCUGCUAGGUCGAAUUUACUCGAGCCUUUGCGGGACUUCGUCAAGCUCCAUCAUAAACCAACAUGGGGAACCUGCGCCGGUCUUAUAUUACUAGCAGAGUCUGCGAAUCGGACGAAGAAAGGGGGCCAGGAGCUUAUCGGGGGUCUUGAUGUGCGCGUGAACCGGAACCAUUUCGGUCGUCAAACGGAGAGCUUCCAGACGUUGCUCGACCUGCCCUUUUUGAGAUCCGAUACCGCGGAGCCUGCUGCGCCCUUUCCUGCUGUUUUUAUUCGUGCACCCGUAGUCGAGAAGAUAUUGGCUACUCCGGAUGAUGCCCAGAGCAAUGGUGAUAACACUGUCACGGCGCCUUCGAGACAGGCGAAGGAUGAGCUGGCUCGGGAAGCUAUGGGAUCCCGCGUGGAGGUUUUGGCAACGCUCCCUGGGAGAGCGGCCAAAUUGGCCAGUGAGGGUGUCGAUAUCCGUGCCGAUAAGGAGGCAGGGGACAUUAUUGCUGUUCGACAGGGUAAUGUCUUUGGGACAAGUUUCCAUCCUGAGUUAACGGGCGAUGCAAGGAUUCAUUCCUGGUGGUUGGACCAAGUGCUCGAGGCUGUAGGGAAAAGCCGUCAAGCUGAACAAUGAUCAUCUAUCAUGAUAGAGACUCGCGUCUGUUUAUAGAUCGAACAUAGAGUGUACAUGUCAUCUACUGUUUAAUAGAGAUCAUCUGUACAUUAGAAUAUAUCUUUACCUAUAUAUACUGGAAUUUCUU